AGAAACCUCCUUCAUCUCUAUCGCCCAAACCGUCCCCCACACCCAACCGGCCCCUUUGCUUUCUUUCUCUCGUCUCCCCUUCUCCCCUAGUGAAACCCUAACCACCUCCAUAGAUCUUUGCACCGUUCUUGGAGCGGUGCGCUAGGCCCGCUAUGGCGCCGGAGGCUGCGCAGAUGGAAGUUGAGCGGCGGCUGCGCGACAUCGGCGCCCGCUUCUCCUCGCUACCGGAGCCCAACACUGAACUGCUAUCUUUACUCGAGGAAGCGGAUACCUGGUUAUCCAGGGUGGAUCAAUCGCCGCCAACGAGCAUAUCCAAUGCCCUGCGCCCCACGAUGGAGGCUUUGACCAAAAAAGGUCUACUAAACCACCCUGAUCCAGGCGUCAAGGUUGCUGUUGCCUCUUGCUUAACUGAGGUCACCAGGAUCACUGCACCAGAAGCCCCCUAUGAGGAUGACGUGAUGAGGGAUGUGUUUACUGCAAUAGUCGUGGAGGCUUUUGGCAAUUUGGAUGAUAUGGACAGCCCCUCCUUUGCAAAGAGGGUUUCAAUUCUUGAAACUGUUGCAAAGGUGAGGUCUUGCGUCUUGAUGUUAGAUCUCGAGUGUGAGGACCUGAUACGGGACACAUUUCACCAUUUCUUCAGAACCAUAAGCUCAACACAUCAAGAAAAUGUCAGCUCCUCUAUGGAAACUAUAAUGAUGUAUGUAAUCCAGGAGAGUGAGGCUGUACACCCAGAUCUGGCAUCGUGCCUCCUUCAGAACCUUAGAAAGGAAAAGAAAGAUUCAUUUCCGGCAUCUUUGACGCUGGCAGAGAAGAUAGUGAAUCUAUGUCCUGAAAAGUUAAAGCCGGUGUUUAUUCAGUUGCUUCAGGGCACUCCUUUAAAUUUGUACAGCGAAACUGUUGAAUCAUUGGUAGAAGGUUCUUCACAUGCUAGAGAUGACAAAGAUGAUGCUUCUGGAAAAGACACGGUAGCUGACAAAAAGUUACCUCAGACAACUGUUUCUGAUAAGUCACCUCAGGAAAUUUCAAAAUCAGAGAAAGAUGUCAAUUGCCCUGGACAAGAUGAGAGUCAUCCAUGCAGUACUCUCACACCUUCUUUGAACAAUGGUGGUGCUUCAGCUGAUAAUGUCAAGGCUCCAAAUGGACCAGCUUCUUCUAAACAGAAGCCUGAACUGCUUUCUGAUGACAAGCAGACAAAAGUUUCUGAUGAGUUGAUACACAGUGACAAGGAAGCACCAGAACCAGUCACCGCGGAGCCUGGAAAGCUAUCUGGUAUCAGUUCAAAGAAAAGUCGCAAGCUUGACACUUCAACUGAGUAUGAAGUGACUGAACGUUCUAAGGUUCCUAGCGUUAAUCAGGGACUUGUGGCAUCUGGGGAGUUGUCCCCAGAGACAAAUGAUGGUAAGAAUGAGCUGGCAUUAGAGACUGGCAAUAGAGCUGCUGAUGACAAAUCAAAGCCUGUUGAUAGUACACCUGCUGUAGAUAAACCAAAGCGAGGCCGGCCUCCUGCAGCAAAGUCACAGGAGAAGAAGCCUGUUGGCAAGAGCCAGGUAUCAGGUCUAGAAUCUAAAGAAGUCCGCUCACGCAGUGCUUCUGGAGGAAGGGCUAAAGAUGGUGUGAAAUUGUCAUCUAGAAGAAGUAACGUAGAAGAAUCUUCAAAGAACCAACCAAAGGACAGGUCUAAUCUGCAGAAAGAAGACACACUCUCUGAUGAAGAAACUGAUGAAGAUCAAAGUUUGAAGGAAAUGGUGUCUCCAAAAUCAUUUACUAAGAUGGAGAAAAGCAAAGCCCAACCAGGGGACAGUGGGGGAUCAAAAAGGAAACGCUCGCAGGAAGCUGAAGAGGUCCCUCCGUCGAAGAAAAACAAAGUUCUUGAUGGAAGCCUUAUUGGCUCAAGAAUCAAAGUAUGGUGGCCUGAUGACAAGAAGUUCUAUAAUGGCGUUGUUAAAAAAUUUGACGCUAAUUCAAAAAAGCACAAGGUUGUGUAUGAUGAUGGUGACAUUGAAAUACUAUUGCUGAAGGAUGAGAAAUGGGAAUUCAUUACCCAUAGCAAACAGGACAGCAUUGAUGACAGUGAUCUUCCCAAGAAGAGAGGACGUCCAAAAGUUUUGCGUUCCACCAAUAGUAUGUCAAAUGAUGAUAGCCCUGUGACUUCAGCGAGAUUGAAGGUGAAAAGUGCAGAAAAGGAUGCGGGAGAGACACCUAAAGCUGGCAGCAGCCUUAGAAAUGAAGGUGGGAGAUUGUCUCGGUCCUCUAGCAAGGUGAGCAACAAGGAUGAGGCUGUUAGCACUAAAAGUGUCAACAGAUCAAAAGAUGUGGCUGUCAGCAAGCACAAGGAAUCCAGUGUAUCUAAUCCAAAAGGCCCAAGCACCCAGAAAGCUUCUGAUGGAUCCAAGUCAAAUGGUCUUUCAACAAAAAGAAGGCCAAGGGAGAAAGAAGUGUCAUCUGAAGAUGAAGAACAGGGGUCUGCAAAAGCAUCUAUUGGGAACAAGCGCAGAAGGAAGGUCCUUAACUAGUUUCUCCGUGCCUGCAGCUCUGGCAUGAGGCAACCUGUCAUGCUUGCUUCUUUUUCCUUGGGCUGCUUGCGUGCUGAGCCCUGUGCUGAUUGAACAUCCUGAACCAGCUUCUAGUUAUAGCAGUCUCGGUAGUAUCUGUAAUGUUUAGGCGUUAACUUAGUUCAUUGUGAUCGGCUUGAAACCUUUUGGAAAACGGUUGUCAUGCUUGCAGAGGUUCAAGCCUUCUUAUUGCGUUGUAAUGUAGUAGUUUGUUUACUUGUAGUGUCGAUGCUAUUCGAGCAUGAAGCAUCAAUUAUGAAUGGAAAGUUUGUUUACUUGGAAGCCGAAAUCAUGUUCUUUCUUUA